AUGCUCGCCCUGUCGUUCUUGCUAUGUGCCGCGGGGGUCAAGGCGAUGCUCGGCAUUAAAGUUGAUGGUGUCGAGAUCACAGACAAGGAAUAUGUUUGUGCCGACGACUGUACCUUUGAAGGUGUUUGGUUUGGGGAGAAUGGGAACGUGUGCGCCGCGAAGGAACUUGUUGUCGUAUUACACGACGGCAAGGUGAACCCUAAAAACAUUGAGUACGCCUGUGCAGAAGCCGCAAAUCCCGAGUGGUCGACGCGCCCGCCUAUGAACGGAGAAGAACCAGAAAGUUGCUUUCUUGACAAAAUAGAUCCAUUGUCGCCUGUCAAAUACAAUUGCGAAGCGAAAAGGAUCAGCAAAGACAAGAAAGUAGACGUUAAUGCUGAUCCGGUGCUGGAACAGUGGUCAGAGGUGAGAAAGAUGCUGGGAUUGCCGCCAAGCCAAGAGGCACAAGGAUGCGGACAAGCCACCGACGGAGCCACAAAGAUCGACCAGUGA